CAUUUUAAGGUCAGAAGCGCGUGCUUCACUUUCACUGCAGACAGAAGAGGGAGCGGGUUGAUCGAAGUUGCCUGGGUUUGGGCUGACCCUGAGACAAAGACAUGUUUGGGGGCCAUGCACGCCAAGAGUCAACACCCACAACCAUGGCCUGGGCACAUAGUGGUGCAGAGCCCUCCAGUCACCAGGCUGGAGCUGUCAAUGGGACAGCAACUGUGAUGGAAAUACGAAGAUGACAGCGAUGAAGAGGAAGCUGCAAAGAGAAGACAGAGAGCGGCUUCUCCCAGCUACAUCCAGGAGCAGCGGGAGCUGAAGGCCAGGUGAGCUGAAAGCUUCUACAGGCGUCCAGCGCUCCUGCUCACUCUUUAUUGACAGAAGUCGACGCUGCUGACAAGGAGGAUGAAGACGCAGGAGGAGAAGGAUGAAGAGGAGGCGGACUUUGUGGAUUGGCUUAAAGGCCAGGCGGAGCUGGAGGGGGGAGAGGAGGUGAAGGACAUGAAGUACUUAAGAGACUACUGGAACAACCCGCAGCUGGAGGAGAAGGAGCGCUUCCUCAGAGACUAUGUGCUUAACAAGGGCUACCUGAACGAAGAGGAUGAUGAUGAAGAGCGGAUCCCGACCUACGAUGAGGUGGUUCAGGAGGACGUGGAUGACUCUGAGGAGGAGGGCGAGUCUUUUCUGGAACGCCAGGAAGACUUUGAGAGAAGCUACAACUUCCGCUUCGAAGAGCCCAACUCGGAACGCGUGAAGACCUAUCCUCGGAACAUCGCCACGGCCGUGCACUCCAAGGACGACUCCAGGAAGCGCAAGAGAGAGGAAGUGAAAGAGAGGAAGCAAAAGGUUCGGAAGCGAGUCGAUGGGAGUCUUUUCCAGAGUUGAAACCAAACCUCCUGGCUGAUGGUGAUGGUUGCAGGAGAAGGAGCAGAAGCGCGAGCAGCUGAAGCAGCUGAAGAGGAACGAGAUCAUGGAGAAGCUGAAGCAGCUGCAGGAGCUGACGGGA